AUUUUCACAAUAAGAGUAGGGGAGGGGUACUGAUUUACUUAUUACUCUACAUUCACAACAAGAGUAGGGGAGGGGUACUGAGUUUCAUUGUAAAUGUAGAGUAAUAAGUAAAUCUAUAGCGACCCCAUCAACAGUCAUCUGCCUUCUUAAUAUAAAGCCUACUUCACUGACAAAUCUCCUUCAUAAGAAGAACACGUCUAUGUCUAUGUAUGUCUGUCUGUCUCUCUCACACACAAACACACACAGUUCAUCAUCAAUACACCAGUGUUCUCCAACAGCUUGAUUAUUUUCUGAGCAAUCAAAGUCACAGCCAUGACUGAAAAGGUUACAACAAUGAUACUACAUGUCGAUCUUCAGUGCUCUUGCUGCUACAAGAAGAUCAAGAAAAUACUAUGUAAAUUUCCUGAGAUUCGAGACCAGGUGUAUGACGAAAAAAAAAAUACGGUGAAGAUUACCGUAAUAUGCUGCAAUCCCGAGACAAUUCGUGACAAGUUAUGCUGCAAGGGAAGAAAGUCAAUCAAGUGUAUUGAGAUACCGCCGCCGCCGCCGCCGCCGCCGCCGCCGCCAAAGCCAAAGCCGACGCCGACGCCGCCGCCGACGCCGCCGCCGACGCCUCCGCCGCCGCCGACGCCGCCACCGCCGCCGCCGCCACCGAAUAAAUGUAUCCCGAUCCAAGUGUGUUGUGGGCCAUGUUAUCAUGGGUUUGGAAGGACGACACCACCACCACCACCUUGUUAUUAUCCCCCAAGAAUACCAUGCUAUUGCUAUGGAAGACCAUGUUACAUGACUAGUUGUGAUUGCUACACAGUAGGUAAUCCAUCAGAACGCACAAUCAUGUGACCAUGGUGCACUGGGUGGUCAUUGUUGUUAGGGUCCUGAUCAUGCUCAUUAAAUGUCCAAUUUUUUUUUUUUUU